UGCAAUUCCAUCAAAUUCUUUCAAAAUCCAAUUCCUGCAAAUUGAGAAAUCAUUCUCCUCCCAUCCAAUUUCAAGAUUCUUUCCAUCACAAACCAGUUAGAGAGAAUCGACCACAUCAGAAAAUCAGUGUGGUAGCAUUUUCAGAGAGAAUCGACCACAUCAGAAAACCAAUGUGGUAGCAUUUCCUCUCUUUGAUCAGAAUCAGAACCAACUCCAAAUUGGAUAUGGAAAGACCCCAAAGAAUCAAAAUCGCUCUCGGCGCCGCUUCCGCAUUCCUUCUGCUUCUUCUCUUUUUCAUCGUGUGUUUUUCUCGCUGUAGGAAGUCUGCAAGAAAGAAAUCUUCAGAGUUCCGGAGAUUUCAGUACUCAGAAGAAUUAGAAACAGAGGACUUGAUUGGCUUCCCCGGCGGUGGCGAGAAUCUUACAAUUCACGACAUUCUGGAAGCACCGGGAGAAGUUGUGGGGAACUCAAGUCAUGGGACGCUGUAUAAGGCCGGGUUGCAGAGGAGCAAUUCGCUGGUGUUUCUCCGGUUCCUACGGCCAUCUUGCGCUGGACAGACGAACGAAAUCUUACCGUCGAUUCAGAUGUUGGGGCUUAUCAGGCACCCGAAUUUGGUCUCGCUGCUGGCAUUUUAUGCAGGACCCAGAGGGGAGAAGCUUUUCGUUCAUCCAUUCUUUGGCUUUGGCAAUCUGUUCCAGUUCCUACAAGAUGGAAGCAGCGAGUCACACAGAUGGCCCAUCAUUUAUAGGAUCUCACUUGGUAUUGCCGAAGGACUGGAUCAUCUUCAUACAGGAUUGCAGAAGCCCAUAAUCCAUGGAAAUCUCAUGUCAAAAAAUGUAUUACUUGACUCAAAUUACCAGUCUUACUUAUCAGAUUUCGGCCUACAUCUUCUCUUGAACCCAACCGCAGGGCAAGAAAUGCUUGAAGCUUCAGCAGAUCAAGGGUACAAAGCACCGGAGCUGAUCAAGAUGAAGGAAGCAAGCAAAGAGAGCGACAUCUACAGCUUAGGAGUCAUUUUACUCGAAAUGUUAACCAGGAAAGAACCCAUUAAUGAUCAUUCAUCGUCACCUUUGGAUCAUCUACCAAACUACAUGAGAAAUGCGAUCCUCGAUCAUAGAGUCACAGAAAUGUUCAAUCCUCAGCUUUUAAGCCCAAGUAACAGUCAAGAUUGGAUUGCUGAAAAAGGUUUGCUCAUGUAUUUUCAUUUGGCAAUGAGCUGUUGUUCUCCUUCGCCGUCUUUGAGACCGAAUACCAAGCAAAUUGUCAGAAAGCUUGAAGAAAUCGGACAAUGAAGAUUUUGGAUUUGGCAGAAGUGGUGAUAUUGAUAAAGUGGUAGUAGUGGAAGCGAUGAUGAUUGAUGAUGAUGGAUGGUUCUUCUUCCCCAUCAGUUACAAUGACAUCCACCACCACUACAUUGCCUAUAAUGAGUCUGGGCAGUGGAUAAUGUUUGCCGUUUAAGCCUCAUUUACGGAUGACAGAGUUGAGCGGCUUCUCUUUUCAUAUAAAUCAGCAGAAGAAUGUGGAUUUGGGCAAUGGAGGACGUGGUGCUUCAGUGCCAUUGAUUCGAGUGGGCCUACUUUGAUAUCUUUACAGGGAGAGAAGAAUCCAAUAUAAUCAGAAAAUAACCCAAGUUUCUGAUGGGGAAUUCUCAGGGAUUACUUGGAGAUGAUGUUCAGUGUGGGAAGUGCAAUGAGGAAAUGGUUAGCUAGCAUGAAUUCUAAUUUUACCAGUAAUGUUGAAAAUUUCUUAAUCACCAAAGAAGCCAUGAUUACACACUA